UCAUUUCUACGGUCAAGGAAACGCCGGGAUUUAAAUAUUUGGAACAGAAGUGAAAAAGAGGACGAAAUGUUUGUUUCGGAGCCAAAAUCAAGAAGAGUUUUUGAUCUCAAAAAAAAGGAUGCUGUUCAUAUCAGUUUGAAAUAUGCUCCAUUUUUUAUCGCUUUUUGGGCAGUACUUUAUUUAUCUAUAGUAAGAUCCCAGGUGGACAGGCUGCCUAAGCCUCUUUAUCGCGUAGAUGAACACAUUAAUCCCGAAUCAUUUAUAGCCGAAAGAGCUGAAAUAACAUUAAUUGGUUUAACAAGUAUUGGUCCACGCGUAGUUGGAAGCGUUGCGAACGAGGUGACAGUUCUAAAAUUUUUGUUAAAUGAAAUUGAAAAAAUUCGAACGGAAAGUAGUGAUUAUUUCAAAUUUGAAAUUGACAUCCAAGAGGCUACGGGGAAUUACGUUCAUUGGUCCAUGAUCAACAUGUAUCAAUCGAUUCAGAAUGUAAUAGUAAAACUAAGUGCAAAAAAUUCAAGUAGUGGGAAUUAUGUUCUUAUAAACAGCCAUUAUGACACUGUACCUAGCAGUCCCGGGGCAGGAGAUGACGGCUCUAUGGUAGCCAUUAUGUUGGAAGUAAUGCGAGUGAUAUGCAAGUCUAAAGGUCCUUUGGAGCAUCCCAUUGUAUUUUUAUUUAACGGAGCGGAAGAAAAUCCUUUGCAAGCAUCGCAUGCUUUUAUAACACAACAUAAAUGGGCGAAAAAUUGCAAAGCUCUUAUUAACUUAGAUGCUGCGGGCAACGGUGGUCGAGAAAUUUUGUUUCAAUCAGGCCCGCAACAUUCUUGGCUUAUGAAAUAUUAUCGUCAAGUACCGCAUCCGUUUGCCACUUGCUCGGCUGAGGAAAUCUUUCAGGCAGGUUUAAUACCUUCGGACACGGAUUUUCGUAUAUUUCGAGACUUCGGCGGAGUGCCUGGUUACGAUAUGGCCUUCAUUUCUAACGGUUAUGUUUAUCACACUGAACACGAUAAGAUAAAUGUUCUAUCUAAAGGUUCUCUACAGCAUACUGGUGACAAUGUUCUCACUUUGGCUAAAUGUCUAGCGAAUGCUCAGGAAUUAAACGAUAUCAUGCAACACUCUGACGGUCACGUUGUAUUUUUUGAUUUUCUUGGAAACUUCAUUAUAUUUUAUACCGAAAGUGUUGGAAUAAUCAUAAAUAUUAGCAUAUGUGUCAUUGCGAUAAUUGCAAUAGGAAUAUCUCUAUAUACAAUGGCUGCUGAUUCUGCCAUAUCGCUGAAGUCUAUAUUUUCGAGUUUUGGCGCCAGCUUUGCUGUUCAAGUAGUAGCUUUAGCGGUUGGAGGUGGGUUAGCGUUUCUUAAUGCACUUUUUAUGGAUGCAAUAGGCAGUGCAAUGAGCUGGUACUCCCAAAAAUGGAUGUUCAUGGGACUUUAUUUUUGUCCUUUAUUUUUUGGAAUGGGGAUGCUACCUGCUUGUUAUUUGGAAAAAUCGCGCAAGGACAGAUUAUUUUUGGGUUUUCGCAUUCAACUCUUAAUGCAUUCUCACUGCUUAUUCUUGGUAGCCGUUACCAUUUUCCUCACAUAUUUCAGAAUUCGUUCGGCAUAUUUGUUUAUGAUGGCCGUGCUCUUCUAUACAUUAGCGCUUAUAAUACAUUUAACAGCUAAAUGUUAUCGAAGUGUUUACCGGUUUGGUUUAAUUAUGAUGGUUUGUCAAAUUUUGCCUUUUCUCUAUUACACCUCAUUAACUCACAUUAUUUACGAUGCAAUGGUACCAAUGGCAGGACGUUCGGGGUUGUCUUCAAAUCCAGAGAUAUUCAUGUGUGGAAUUGCAAUUUUCGUUACUAUACUGUUUGCAGGAUUUAUUAUACCACUGUUACUAUUUUUCCGAAAAGUUCGUGUCUUGUUUAGUACGUUCUUGAUUGUGACAUUCCUAUUUAUAAUAAUCGCACUUACUCCUUUGGGAUUUCCUUAUAGAGCUAAAACAGCCUCUCAAAGAUAUGCGUUGAUUCAUGCGCAUCGUAUAAUCCACGAUGCAGACAAAACAACGCGUGUGAAAGAAUCUGGCAUAUACGUGUUUCCUCAAGAUCGGAACGUAAAAAUCUUGAAUGAGAAUACUAAAUCAAUUGGUCAAAAACACUUGGUAAGCGACUAUUGCGCUAAAGAAAUGUUGUGUGGGAUGCCUUUUUAUAAUCAUCGAUGGUACAAGGCUAGAGAUUUUAGCUUUUGGAUACCGGUCGAAGAGGACCCUUAUAUACCAGAAGAAGCUCCGAUACUCGUUUUGUUAUCUUCAAACCAACUUGUUGACCCAUUUCAAAUAAAUUACGAAUUUGAAUUGAAUGGCCCUGAUCACAUGACCAUAUUUAUAGAUCUCACCGAUCAAGGACGAAUAAUCGACUGGUCUUUUAAUGAAACAAUGAUAAGAGAAAACUGGCAACCACCUUACUUUAUAUAUUUCUCAUGGGGCAAAACCGGUAGACCUUUAAAAUUCACAAUCCUUGUUGAGGUAUGUAUUGGAAACAAUGAAACGUAGUUUGAAAUCCACAUAAUUGUAGAGGGAUUUGCAUUAAAAACACACAAAAAUGACA